AUGGCUCGUCCGGACCCGAUUCGUAACACCUACGAGGAAUUCCCUGAUGAGCUGAAAGAGUUAUUGAAGACAGGACAGAACGAAAUGGGGCGAAAUCCUUCGACAGUACCGUCUCGAGACAUCCUUCUGCACAAUCACGAAUGGCACCUGAAGUUCCUAGUCGAGAGUGCCAUGCCGGCAAGGAACUUUGUUCUCCCGCCUGCAUACCCACCGUCAAGGGCAUCGGCGUCAGAAGCGAAGCGGGUUGGUAUCGAAGACCUUCGUAUCGACCUCCGAAAUCCCAAUGAUUUCAUCCUACUUCGUGCCAUUACAGGUCCCUAUGUGUAUUCCUCGACCGUCACCAUCGUAGAGGGCGAGUAUGGACAGGCAGCGCGGCUUACAGUAUGCAACCUUGAAGAUUCAAUAAUUGAUCCAAUUAUCCCAGUCGGCUCAAUACUGGCGAUCAAACAGCCGUGCUGGAGUAGGUUGCCGACGGGCAGUUACCACCUUCGAGUCGAUCAUCCCUCAGACCUGGAGUUCCUAAACCAGGCCGACGGAGGGGUACCAAAGAAGUGGAGAAAUACCGAGGAUGUUGAAGAAAACAAGGAUGCUGCAACAUGGAAGAAGGACGGCGAUGUGAUGUUUCUGCAAAAGAGGUUCCGAAAAGCACUCGAGCUUUACAAUCGUGCUCAUGCUAGGGCGGCAUCUUCUUUAGAUGUGGCUGCGCAAAUCGAUAAUUAUCGGAAACGAUGCGGCGUCGAUCUUGUGCUCCUGCGAUUUGAUGCUGCCGCUUAUGAUCUAUCGCAGGCUGUUUCUCUCUACGCUAAAUCCAACCCCUCUUUGUUCUCCUCACAGCUCACAGAACCUUCCAUUAUUGAAGCAUGGUUGCAUAACCGAAGUACCGACGACCCGUUGAACAUUGCCUCCAUCCUCCCUCGCCCGCUGAAGGGCCUAGCCAAUCGCAUCAAAUUUGAUCUGGCGAUAUACCAAACCACGCCAAAGUACAAUCUCGAGCGGAUUUCAUCCUACGUUGGUCCUUUAACCUUACAUAUGGACGUCGCGAACUACAUCAGCGACGCCGAAAUUAAGCAGACGCAACACCACGGUCGGGGCCUCUUCGCUGCACGAGCGUUCAGAUGUGGAGAUCUAAUCACAGCAGAGAAGGCUUUUGCACUCCCGGCGUACUUGUUCAAUGACCGAAGUACUGAGUGCUCACUAUACAGCCUUGGGGAUGGUACAGCAACGGAUCGAGCGGGUGCACUGCUCUUCAAGGAGUUGGUGCAGAAGCUGAGGCAUAACCCAAGUCUGCGAGAGAGCUUCUUCGACCUAGAUGAUGGAGGAUACUGGAAGGAGCGAGGUUGGGAAGCGAAAGAAGGAGAUGAUAUCCCUGUCGAUGUGUUCCGCAUCGAACAUAUCCGUCGCCGCAACUGCUUCUCAGCUCCUCUUCGCUCUCUCGACCUCCUCACUAUACCCUCACCCGUCCACAAUGGAUUUUGGAUUCAUUCAUCAUAUAUCAACCACGCAUGCCUACCUAAUAGCGCAAGGACUUUCAUCGGCGAUAUUCUCCUCCUUCGUGCGACUCGCGACAUAGCUAAAGACGAGGAGCUCACCUCGCAGUAUGUGGCUCCUGAACUAAUGUACGAGGAGCGGCAGGAGAAGUUUAUGGGUACAUGGGGGUUCGCGUGCGAUUGCACUCUGUGUGCUGUAGAUAAGACAGUAGGGAUGAAGCUGGAAGGAGAAAGGAUGGCCAUAUUCGAGGACUUGAAAAGUGUUGCACAACGAGUGGGAAGCAAGCCAACAGUAAGAGUACUCAAGAGAUUCACCAGACGUCUUCGUGACCUUGAGGCCCUCUUCGUCGACAACACCUACGCUAAACUCCCGCGUCUAUGCUUAGUACACCCAACCCUGUUUUUGACCGAAGCUUGGAGGACUCUGAAGAAUGUAGACAAGACCAUUGGGUCAGCAACAAACCUGUUGAGGUAUUUCGGUAUAAUUACAAGUGUUGAAGAGGAAAGGUUCAAAGUAUUGGAGAACUCUGGAUUAGUCAAUGUCGAGACCUUAAGAGCGUUGAAGUAUAUGGCUGAAGGUUACGACUGCAAAGGGAGAACACAAGUGGCAGGGCAGAUUAGAAAGGUGGCCAGUGUAUGGUUUAGGAUCAUCACUGGGGCAGACCUUGGCAUCGAUGAAUUCAUGAGGGCGUAG